AUGGAAGUGAAAUACGGCAUGGAAGUGAUGUACGGCGGCGAUGCGUUCUCGGGGGAGCCUCUCGAUGGCAUUUAUGCAUCACUUGUUGAGAGGCAACAUAAUGGCUUGCCUUCUGUCAUUGUUGUUGGCGGUGGUAUAUCAGGAAUUGCUGCGGCGCGCAUGCUUCAAAAUGCAUCAUUUAAGGUGACCCUGUUGGAGUCCCAAGACAGAAUUGGUGGCCGCAUUCACACUGAUUACUCAUUUGGUUGCCCAGUAGACAUGGGAGCUUCAUGGUUGCAUGGUGUCUGCAACGAGAAUCCAUUGUCUCCCAUUAUACGUCGUUUGGGGCUCACUUUGUAUCGCACAAGUGGUGAUGACUCCCUUCUAUAUGACCAUGAUUUGGAAAGUUAUGCUCUAUUUGACGUAAAUGGUCAUCAAGUUCCCCAAAGUAUGGUUAUUGAAGUUGGAGUUGCAUUCAAGAAAAUCCUUGAAGAGACGGAUAAAGUGAGGAAUGAACAGAGCAAUGACAUAUCUAUUAAGGAAGCAAUGUCAAUCAUUUUGGAUAGACAUCCAGAAUUCAGACAAGAAGGCCUUGCACACGAAGUUCUGCAGUGGUACAUAUGUAGGAUGGAAGCUUGGUUCGCUGCAGAUGCAGACAUGAUAUCUCUGAAAGCCUGGGACCAGGAGAAAGUACUUUCCGGUGGCCACGGACUCAUGGUGCAAGGGUAUGAUCCGGUGAUAAAGGCCCUGUCCAGAGAUAUUGAUAUUCGUUUAAAUCACCGGGUGAAAAGAAUCGUCAAUGGGUAUAAGAAGGUGAUUGUAACAGUUGAAGACGGCAGUGAGUUUGUAGCGGAUGCUGCCAUCAUCACAGUUCCCUUGGGAAUCUUAAAAGCCAAGUCGAUUGAGUUUGAACCUAAGCUGCCCGAAUGGAAACUAUCUGCAAUAUCCGAUCUUGGCAUAGGAAAUGAGAAUAAAAUUGCUUUAAAAUUCGACCAUGUCUUUUGGCCAAACGUGGAGCUUUUGGGCGUUGUUGCCACCACUUCUUAUUCGUGUGGCUAUUUUCUCAAUCUCCACAAGGCUACGGGCCAUCCCGUUCUCGUCUAUAUGGCAGCCGGGGCCCUCGCUUAUGACCUUGAAAAGCUCUCGGACGAGGCUGCUGCUAAUUUUGCCAUGGUACAGCUAAAACGAAUGUUUCCAGAUGCAACUGAGCCGGUUCAAUACCGCCUGUCACGCUGGGGAGCUGACCCGAACAUCCUGGGCUCGUAUUCGUACGAUGCGGUUGGAAACUCGGAGGACAUAUAUGACAGGCUGCGGGCCCCAGUGGGCAAUCUCUUCUUUGGGGGUGAGGCAGUGAGUGUCGACCAUCAGGGCUCGGUUCACGGCGCAUAUUCUGCCGGGAUCUUGGCAGCCGAGAAUUGCCAGAGGCACAUACUGCAGAGGCUCGGGAGUCUCGAGAGAAUACCACUCGUCGCCUGUCGGGAGGAAGCUGUCGAGGCUAGUGUUCCUCUUCAGAUUUCCAGGCUGUAA